AUGACCCCAAAAAUGAGGCAAAAAGGGGGUCUCCGUGUCCGGGUGGGCGAGGACGACCUGCGGCGCAGGGAGGGGUCCGAGCAGGAGCGGCGGGUGGUCCAGGGCGUCCCGCACCCCGAUUUCGACCCCUCCUCGCUGGACAACGACCUGGCGCUGCUGCGGCUCGAGCGGCCCGUCCGGCUCGGCCCCGCCGUGGCCACCGAGCCCCUGCCCCGCUCCUGCGCCCCCCCGGGCACCCCCUGUCUGCUCUCGGGGUGGGGCACGGUCACCUCCCCCCAGGUGACCCUCCCGGACCGCCUGAUCUGCGCCGACGUGCGGGUGCUGCCGGACCGGCUCUGCCGCCAGGCCUACCCCCAGAGGGUCACCCCCAACAUGUUCUGCGCCGGCGUCCCCAACAGCCGCGUCGACUCCUGCCAGGGUGACUCGGGGGGUCCCCUCUCGUGCAACGGGACCCUCCAGGGCAUCGUGUCCUGGGGGCUCCAGACCUGCGCCCUGCCCGGGCACCCGGGGGUCUACACCAGGGUCUGCCGGUACCUCCGGUGGAUCCUGAACACCAUGGAGAGCUACUGAGGGACCCUGGGGACACCCUGCGGACGAGGGGACACGGGGGGACAUCGUGGGGACACCCUGGGGAC